AUGGCGCCGGCUGCUGCAGCGAGCACGACGCUCGACGACAUUGUCUCUGUCAUCCUCGCCACCGACCCGGCCGAGGUCCCUCAGCUCAUCACGCACCUCAAGAAGCUCGAAAAGGCGCGCUCGAGCUCUGCCGCCCCCUCGGGCUCGCGCUCGUCCGCCGCCGUCGCCUCCGCCGCCGCCUCGACCAGCACGGGCGCCACCACCUCGUCGGCGGCUGCGGCGGGCGACGGAGCGGGCUCGAGCGAGGGCCGCAGCUUCCUCGAGGGCAAGCUCGAGGGCGGGCAGGACCCGCUCCGGGUGCUCGACCCGGCGAGGCACGCCGUCGGCGUCCUCUACAUCCUGAACGCGCGUCUCGCAGGCGCAGCAGACGACCUCGGAGCGCUCCUGAGGGCGGCCCACGCAUGGGUCGAGCGCGCCGACAUGGACCAGGCGAGGCUCGUCCCGGAGCAGGUCUUCUUCCUCGCCACCCAGCUCGCCCAGAUCGGUGACGCCACGUCGCAGUACCCGGCGACCGUCCCGACGCUCGCCGUCCUCGUUCAGCGCUUUCCGCACCAGGGCUACCUUACGGCACUGCAUCCACUCUUCCUUCGUGUCGUCAUGACGAGCGGCAUGUACCGCGUUGCAAAGGGCAUCCUCAUGCGCGACAUGACCGACAUCGACAAGCAGGCGCGUCGGCCCCUGUACCCGGUCAGGUACCAGGACCACCUCCUCUACCACUACCUCGGCGGCACCGUCCUCGCGCUCCUCGGCGAGUACGCCCGCGCCGCCGAGCUUCUCGAAAUUUGCGUCUCGGCGCCGGGCUCGCACGUGAGCCUCAUCCAGCUCGACGCCUACAAGAAGCUCGUCCUCGUGCAGCUCAUCGCGCACGGCAAGACGCAGCCGCUGCCCAAGUACACGACGAGCGCGUUCGGCCAGGCGGCAAAAGCGCUGUGCGUCCCGUACGCCGAGUUCGCGACGGCCUUUGCGACGCUCGACACCGGGCGCGUCAAGCUCGCGAGCGCAAAGGGCAGGGAGACGUUCGAGCAGGACCACAACGCCGGCCUCGUCUUUGUCGUCGAGCGCUCGCUGCGCAGCCGCCAGAUCGUCGACCUCACGGAGACGUACAUGACGCUGUCGCUCGGCGAGAUCGCGAGCCACGUCGGCGUCGACCCGCAGGACGAGCAGGGGCUGAGGGACGUCGAGGGCGAGCUGAGGCGCAUGAUCGCCAACCGUCUCAUCUUUGCGACGCUCUCCCUUCCCUCGACCGCCUCGUCGUCGACCGCCGCCACCCUCGCCGCCACGACCGUCUCGUUCACCGACGACCCCGAGCCGUACCUGUCGCCCGAGACGGUGCGGCGCAUGACGAGCGCGAUCGAGCGCGCGCAGCGCCUUGACGCACAGUGGGCGUGGGAGGCGGACCGGGUCGAGGAGAGCAAGGAGUUUGCGGCCAAGGCCUGGUCCGCCGCCGCCGCUCCUCUUCAAGCCGCAUCCUCCUCGUCCGGCGGUGGUGCGGGAGCGUUCGGCGGCGGCGGCGGCGGCUUCGCCCCUCCCGACUUUGACGAUUUUGACGGCGGAUCGCCUGGCCGGUUCGGGGGCAAGAGCGGUGGAGGGGACGGCGGUUGGGACGGCAUCAUGGUCGACGACAGCGACUGAGGCGCUCGGUCAGGACGAGGAGGUCGAGGCGGGGCGGCGAGGAGGGGCUUGAGGCGACGAGUCGAAGCUGUGCAUAGCCCGCUUUUCUCUCUCGGUC